CUCUGCUCCCUCGUGCAGUUGAUCCUCGUGGUGGGCGCCCUCGCGGCCCUGGCCUCCGCCGUCCCCCGUCCCGACACUCCUCCCGUCUACGGCGCUCCUCCUCCCGUCUACGGCGCUCCUCCUCCGACCUACAAGCAGCCAGGAAUGCCCUUUGACUUCAGCUACGCCGUCAGGGACCCCUACUCGGGCAACGACUACGCUCAUCAGGAGACCAGCGACGGUCACGUCACCUCCGGAUCGUACAGAGUGGUUCUUCCCGACGGCCGAACCGAGAUCGUGGAAUUCAACGCCGAUCACGACAACGGCUACGUCGCCAACGUCGCCUACGAGGGGGAGGCCUCCUACCCCGCCCCCGCCCCUUCCUACCACCCCGCUCCUUCCUACCACGUCCCCACCCCCUCUUACCCACCUCCCCCACCCCACCCACAUCAGUAA